AUGACAGUAAUAAUUAAUUCAUUUUAAUGUAAAAAUUUUAUAUAGAGUAGCUGAACAGUGGAGGUGGAUAAUAUGAUCAAACUGGCGAUGAACUUAAGUAAGGAAAUUGGGUAGAAAUAACUGAAAAUCAAGGCGAUUUUUCUUAUGUAAAUUGGAGAGGUGGAUAUUAAAAUGGUAAGAAGAUUGGUAGAUGGGAUAUUUUUUGGAAUAAAAAUGGAAAUCAAAAAAAAUGUAAGAAAUAUUAUAUAAAUUUGAGUGGCGGAGGAUCAUAUGAUGAAGGAGGGGAUAAACAUAAGUUGGGUUAUUGGGCGGAAAUAAUGGAUAAUUUUGAGUAUAACUCUUAAAUAAAAUACAAGGGAGAAUAUGUAAGUGGUAAAAAAGUUGGUAGAUGGGAUAUAUGAUUAAAGCAUUUGUCUACUAAUUAUUACAAUGAAAAAAUGUACAAAUAAAGUUAUAUAGUUUUAAUAAUAAUAUUUUGAACAAUGGUUGGUUAUUAAUGGUGGUGGAUUAUAUGAUGAAGCUGGUAAUGGAUUUAAGCAGGGUGGUUGGGUAGAAAUUUUGGAUAAUUCUGACGAUUCUUAAGUAACUUAUAGUGGUGAAUUUAAAAAUGGUAAAAAGUAGGCGUUUGGGAUAUUAAAUAUAGAUAUAGGAGAAGAGAUCCCUUUUUUUAAAUGUAAGAAUAUUAUAUAAAUUCGUACUCCACAGUGGUGGUGGAUCAUAUGAUGAAAAAGGAACUGAACUUAAGAAUGGUGAUUGGGUAGAAAUUUCGGAUAAUUAUUAUGAUUCUUAAGUAAUGUAGAGAGGGGAGUAUAUAAAAGGAAAAAAAGUUGGUAGAUGGGUUUUUAUGUACGAAGGUAAUCAAAUGUAAAAAUAAUAUAAAAAAUGUUUAAAUUAUGUCAACUCAUAGUGGUGGGGGAUUAUAUGACGAAGAAAAUGAUAGUAUUAAGAUUGGAUAAUGGAUUGAAGUAGACGAGGAAUUUUUUGGUUGCAAGUAAGUUACCUACCAUGGUGAAUAUAAAAAUUAUAGAAAAGCUGGAAGGUGGGAUAUUUUGCUUGGGGAUAAUUAAUGUAAUUCUAAUUAUGUAAAGGGCUUAAUUAUUAACACUAUUAGUGGUGGAGGAUUAUAUGAUGAAGAAAAUGAUAGCAUUAAGAUUGGGUAAUGGAUAGAAUUGGACGAGGCGUUUAGUGGGAAUAAUUAAAUUACCCAUCAUGGUAAUAUGAAAAUGGAAGAAAAGUGGGGAGAUGGAAUAUAUUUAUAAAGGAAUAAUUAAUUUAAAUAAUAUUAUCUUAAUUACUUAACUUAUUUCAACUUUUAGAGGUGGUGGAUCAUAUGAU